AUGGCAUCCUCCUCAACCUCCGCAUUGCUUUAUGCUGCAACUGUUGCAGUCCCUUCGGUUGCAAGCGAGCAGCCUGACGAUGAGAUCACCAAAGCAAAAGCCUGGCACGCGAAGAGCGGCCACGGCUUUGAGAAUCCCUGGCCAUCAUGGGUCACCCACUCUGUCUUCACCAUUCUCGGUGGCAUGAUUGCAAGAAGAUUUAAUGGCACUGCCAACGUGCCCAAUACCACCCCUCCCACAGUUCCAAUCGAAGAGCCAGCCUUUCUCCACUCCAGAACAGGCAACACAUCGUUGAGGGCAACAUGGCUUGGGCACGCAUGCUACCUUGUUGAAUUUCCCUCUGGACUUCGCGUUCUAUUUGACCCUGUCUUCACCGCGAGAUGCUCUCCCUUUUCCUGGCUUGGCCCAAAAAGAUAUACCGAGAUGCCCUGUCAAAUCGCCGAUAUUCCAACCAUUGAUGCCGUCGUCAUCUCUCACAAUCAUUACGACCACCUCUCGCAUCCGACAAUCAUGGACAUUUCCCAGCGCCACCCGAAUUGCCAAUUUUUCGUCCCUCUGGGCAACAAGAAGUGGUUUACCGCUUGCGGUAUUGAAAGAUGCACAGAACUUGACUGGUGGGAGGAGGUGGAUUUCAACCUAACCCCGGCGCAAGCUGCUGAAAAGAAAAGCCCUGCAACUUCUGACGAGACCAGUGUUACUUCCACUGAAGACCCCAAGAAGUCGUCCGCAGAUAUAACAGCCCGGAUCUCCUGCUUACCGUGCCAACAUACUUCUUCCCGCAGUAUUCACGAUCGUGCCGCAACGCUUUGGGCUUCAUGGAGUGUUUCCUCUGGUGGCAAGUCCGUUUGGUUUGGUGGUGACACCGGAUAUCGCUCAGUGCCGAAACAGUCUGAUGGAAAAGACGACUGGGCAGAAGAGUAUUCGUCCUUGCCACAUUGUCCUGCAUUUGCAGAUAUUGGCCGUCUUCGCGGACCAUUCGACCUUGGUUUGAUUCCCAUCGGAGCAUAUAUGCCGCGGUGGAUUAUGAGCCCUAUGCACGCAGAUCCAAGAGAUGCAGUGGAGAUCUUCAGAGAUACCAAGUGCCAGAAGGCCUUGGGAAUGCAUUGGGGCACUUGGGUUCUGACGGAAGAAGAUGUGCUCGAACCGCCCAAGCUCCUGAAGAAGGCACUUAAACAUCAUGGCAUCGAGGAGACAGGCGUGUUCGAUGUUAUCAAUAUUGGGAGCAGUAGGGAGUUUUGA